AUGGUGCGCAAUAUCGUCGUGCUCGGCGGCAACUCGCACCCCAAGUUCGUCGAUAGCGUGUGCGAGUUCCUCGGGGUAGCGCCCUCGCAGCGCGUGCUUAACAAGUUCUCGUCGGGCGAGACGCGGUGCGAGAUCCAGGACUCGGUGCGCGGCAAGGAUGUCUUCAUCAUCCAGUCGUUUGGCGUCGGCGCCGGUCAGGAACACGUUAACGACUACUUCAUCGAGCUGUGCAUCAUGAUAUCGGCCUGCAAGACGGGCUCGGCCCGCCGCGUCACGGCCGUCCUGCCCAUGUUCCCCUACUCGCGCCAGCCCGACCUGCCCUACACCAAGACGGGCGCUCCCCGAGAUACCUUUGAGAGCGUGCCCGCCACCCCGGCCCCGAGCAUCCCUCGGACCGCCGGCCUGACCAACAACGUCGACCUCACCGACGCAAUCGCCACUAAGGCCCUGCCCAAGGGUGCUCAGACCCCUCCUCCCCAGUCUCAGUCUCACCCCCAACAACAGCAACAGUCACACCACCACUACACGACCCACGACUACGAAAACCCCACCCUCGUCAUGGCGGUCCAGGCCAACAGCUCCGGUUACAAGCAUUGGGUCGCACAGGCAGGGUCCCUCGUCGCCGACCUCUUGACCUGUGCCGGCGCCGACCGGAUCCUCACCUGCGACCUGCACGAGGGAACCUACCAGGGCUUCUUCGACAUCCCCGUCGACAACCUUUACGCCCGGCCGCUGCUGAAGCGCUACAUCCAGCAGAACCUGGAUAACCACGGCUUCCGCGACGCCGUCAUCGUGAGCCCCGACGCCGGCGGCGCCAAGCGCGCUACGGCGAUCGCCGACAGCCUAGGCAUGGCCUUUGCCCUGAUACACAAGGAGCGCCGGCCUACCAAGAUGACGGACCGCCCCAAGGCUACCAUGAUGCUAGUCGGUGACGUGGCGAACCGCGUGUGCAUCCUGGUUGACGAUCUCGCCGACACGGCCAGCACCAUCACGCGCGCCGCCAAGCUGCUCAAGCGCGAGGGCGCCGUCCGCGUCGUUGCCCUCCUCACCCACGGCGUCCUGAGCGGCGACGCCAUCGCCCGCAUCAACGCCUCCCACCUCGACACCCUCGUCGUCACCAACACGGUCGCCCAGGACCAUGACCGCCGCCUCGCCUGCCCCAAGCUUGAGGUCCUUGAUAUUUCGCCCUUUUUUGCCGAGGCCAUCCGCCGCGUCCACCACGGCGAGUCGAUCAGUGUGUUGUUUCAGUACGAUUAA